AUGGCAAGUGAUCAGAACAUGGCUGGUCAAAGGUUGACAAAUAAUAACUUGGCGCUGGGGGCGGGAAGCGGAACCACCCCACUAUCGUCCCCGGCCGUUACCAGAUCGUUAGAUCCAGAGUUCGAGGCAGAAGGGCCGCCACCGGGGUUUGAUAAUAUCACCACCGUCUCUUCACAGGCCGUGGUUACAAACCCUUUCCUCUAUAUGCCCUCACAAACACCACCUGGGAGGAUGGAGGGGACAGGCGGUAGCACCUCUGCCCCAGGGACUGCUGUCUUCUCACAGACUUCGCGCCUUUACUCCACUCCAGUCAUCACCUCGGCGAGUCCCAGUAUCUUAGUAUCUGAAACCAAUACUCCCCAAUACUACCAACCGUUGGUCUCCAAUCCAAUGCCACCGCUGUAUUCAGCCGCACUUACGGCGGCGUUAUCUACCCCACCUCAUCAGCCGGUCAUCAUGCCAACCGGAAUAAUGAAUGCCCCUGUUACACCAGGAAACCAAAUGUAUUUCCCGGGGUAUUGCUACGCGCCCCCUUUUGGGUAUCUACCCUCAUACGGGGGAACAGCUUAUCCGCCUCAGGGAACAACACAAGGAAGCUCUCAAUCGCCAUACGCGGCCUACAUGCCGCCGUGGUGGAACUUUCCGACGCCACAGCCAAUGUAUACCCAAGCGCCAACUGAACCCGUGCACAACAGAGAAAAUGCGGUCAGACCCCGGUUGACUCCUUUGGAAAACUCCGGUCUAGGAACAGGUCCCGCCCCGGGUGUGAACAUCCCACCUACACAGCCAGUGAAUGUAGAAGAUGACGAGUUAACCAAGCCGUACAAGCCAGUAGAUGCAACAUUCCGAUCCAAAUUCACGCGUAGGAUCGCUGAAGCCCCUAUCAAAGAAAAACCGAAGAUGCCCCAAACAGUCGGCAAGUACGAUGGCCUCACUGACCCGGACGAUCAUCUUAAUUUAUUUAAGAGCGCGGGUGAAGUGGCCUGCUGGCCCAUGCCCCUAUGGUGCAAAAUGUUCGUACAAACUUUAGUGGAAGCGGCACGAGUAUGGUGGGACAGCCUUCCCACGGGUGAAAUAGAUAGUUUUGAAGAUUUGGAAUCAAAGUUCAUCCUACAGUUCAGUCAACAGCGCCGACACACAAAAGAUAGGAACGAACUACUCCAUAUCCGUCGUCGAGACAAUGAGACGGUGGAAAAUUUCAUCAUCAGAUUCAACAAAGAAAGCCUGGCGAUACCAGGCGUCACCAACGAUUUGGCAUGUGGAGCUUUCCUCCAAGGGGUUAAUGAUGACGAGUUACUGAGAACGUUGCAUGGAAGGGACGGGGUACCCCCGACCAUAGACGAGAUACUGCGGAUAGCCAAAGUAUACGUUAUACAGGAAAAAGCGGUAGCGGCCAGCCACGCGGCUAACAGAAAGAAAGAAGCCCUGAAGAACCAGGAGGAAAAAGAUAACCGGGGGUCCAAGAGCAAGCACAGGGGAGACCGAUAUCAGCGAAAUGACAAAGACUCGCGGUAUGAUAGACACCGGAGCUCCUACUCAAGGAAUGAGACGUCAAAACCUCGGUCUGAAUAUCCCAAUCUAAGCAAGACCCCGGCAGAAAUUCUCGCCUCAGAAAACCUCAGGCUCAAUCCACCAAAACCACUAAAAGACAACCCGAACAAAGAUACGAGCAAAUACUGCGAGUAUCACAAGGGGAGCGGACACGACACUAACGAUUGUUUCCAGCUUAAGAAACAGAUCGAAUAUUUCGUGAAGUCAGGAAAAUUAGCACACCUAGUGCGAGAUAUCAAGCAGGGCCCGCCCGUGGUCAAGGAGGAGAACGAUAAGGCGGCAGGAAAAAGGCCGCGCGAGUUGAACAUGGUUCAUGCCGGUAUAAAAAGAGGGGCGAAGCGGAGUUUCUCCACGCUCGAACCUUGGAUGUUGGCAACAAUGACUAUCGAACCACGAAUGGAAGAUUUACAUCUCACCACGGACGCCCUGAUCAUUUCUGCGGCGGUAGGAGAUUACCGUAUGAGGCGAAUCCUGGUCGACACCGGAAGCUCGGAAGAUAUCAUCUACGAGCAUUGCUUCGAUAGAAUGCAACCAGAGGAUAAAAAGCUGCUCGAAUCAGUACAUGCUCCUAUUAAGGGUUUCACAGGAGAAAAGGUGGAUCCUAUUGGUCAAAUCACCUUCCCGGUAACUUUCGGGCAAGCACCCAAAGAAAGAACAAUACUACUAACUUUCCUCGUGGUCCGCGCCGAGUCAUACCACAAUGUGAUUAUCGGAAGGUUCACCUUGGGAAAGUUAGAUGCCAUAGUCUCCACGGCGAGAGGUUUUAUGAAGUUUCCAACACCGCAAGGUAUUGCUACCGUAUUUUGCGACAGAAUUGGAGAAAUAUUGGAUACCAAACGAUGUCGCCAAGGGCCCGCGGGGGCCACAGGACCAGAAAGGUGGGUAUUGAGCACACGCCACCCGGACCAAAUGGUCACCAUCGGCGACACUCUGUCCCCAGAAGUAAAAAGCGAUUUGAAACAAUUGCUAAAAAGAAACGCAGACAUUUUCGCUUUCGAGCACGCUGAUAUGACGGGAGUCCCUCGCGAUAAAGCGGAACAUAAACUCGCCACGCUCCCAGGCAUUAAGCCAGUCGCCCAGGGUAAACGCAGCAUGGCCCCGGAUCGCCGGGCAGCGGUCGUUAAGGAAGUACGCAAGUUAGUGGAAGCUGGAAUCCUCAGGGAAACACAGUACCAUACUUGGGUGUCUAACCCGGUCAUGGUUAAGAAACCCGAUGGCACAUGGCGGAUGUGUAUCGACUUCAAAGAUCUGAACAAGGCGUGUCCAAAAGACGCAUACCCGUUGCCUGAGAUUGAUUUAAAGGUUGACUCCCUGGUGCCGUAUUGA